GGUGAAAUCGAAACUUUAAAACGAAAUCUGAGAGAAACUACUGUCGAACGAGAUUCAGCAAAAAAAGAGCUGGACAAAUUAAUACAGGAAGCACCUUCUAAGGAAUUAUUCACAGCUGUACAGAAGAAACUUGAAAAAAGUGAAGCAGAGCGCCAAGAGCAGUCAGCUAAAUUCGAGCAACUCCGACAAAUUGCACGUCAGUACAAAGUCAGGACACAAACACUUCAAAAGGAUUUGGAAGCCGUGCAAGCACAGCUGGCGGAAAAAUUUCUUGACGAAGGUAGUGCAACCGAGAUUGCAAGGCUCAAAGGAGAAUUGGUCGCCGCACGCGCCGAAAUUGAAAUGCACAGAGAACAGAAAAUGGUGCCGAGGGUAGGCCGACCAACUGAGCUAACAGCAGGUGGCUCACCAAGCAAGGCAACAUCAGCUCACCUUGCGCAAUUCAAACAAACAGAGGGACUUAACGAAGAGAAUAAGAACUUGAAAAAACAGUUGGAGGAGCUUACUGAACAAUAUGAGGAAUCACAGCGCAGACUGGCUGAAUCUACAAGUAAACUUGCUGAACUGGAAAAAAGUAGCAAUUCGAAAGAAGAGCUGCUUUUUCGCUUGAAUUCAGUCCUGAGCAUGCUAAACAAGAAGAACCAGGAGAUAGGCCGACUUCGGAAAGAGCAGGGAAUUGGCAAACAACUGCUCAGUGAAUCCAGUGGAAUAACCGCGGGAGCAGCGCCAGAAGGAAGCACUGACAGGGCGGCGGCGAGCGAUUUUGACGCUGCUCUGCUUGCUGAUGCAACCGUCAAACCCACCAGCUCGACAAUUUCAAUUUUGGAACGCGGUGGCUCUCCGGAGGCAGUGGUGCCCGUAGUAACAGAAGCAUCGGUAUCACGAAUAAAUGAAACGCCUAAAGAAGAAAUGCCAACUUCGUUCCGAUCGAUGUCAUCUGAUGAAUCGGCAGUAACUCUUGUUGCAACUGAAAAGUACCUUGAGCAGAGCGUAUUAGAGGACAGAGGUGAAAAACCCAGUACAGCAUCGGUUACAACUACUGGUCGUCGGAUCAGUGCUGUGGGUCAGUCGUCGGAUGAUGGCGAAACUACUCGAGCAAACCCUUCACAACGCAGCGACACAGAUGUGCCGACACCAGUACAGCUUAUCCCGUCACGAAUUGGCUUGUCGAGCCCACGUUUCCCUAGAAAACGCACUUUUAGAAUGCAGAGCGAUCAGUCAUCAUCAGUUGAGAUUGGAUCGGAUGUUUUGGAGCCGGUUAAGAGAACGCGUGGGAUGAAAGAGUUUCUGGCUGAGGAUCAGGUGAUCUCUUUGGAACAAUUGGUCUGCGUGGAACAGGAUUCGACUGCACAACAUCUUCCAGAAUCUGGGGACACAUCAUACAGAGAUGACAGGGAUUCGCAUGUUACCGACGAAAUUGAGCAAAAACAGAUGGGAAUUGCAGGUGCCGAAAUCGCAGACGAUAGAGCGCUUGGUGGUCGAGCACAUGAGACGGGCACGAAUACGCUUGGGAGUAUUGAAGUACAGGAGCGGAACGCAGUAAUGAGCAUUGAUACAGCUGAGGAAUUAUGUCACAGAGAAGGACGCAUUGAUGAGGAAGUUGAGGAGGAUCGAGAUGAACGUGAAGUGCUAGAUGGGGAUGAACAUGAAGUACUAAUAGACGAGGAAGACAGCCCUGGUCAAAAAGUUUUGGCAGAUGAAACCGAUUUUAGCGAUGCAGCGGUAGAAGACAGCACGGGCCAGGAAGUUUUGGCAGAUGAAAAUGAUUUAAGCGAUGCAGCAGUAGGUGAAAGCACGGGUCAAGAAGUCUUGGCAGAUGAAAGUGAUUCUAGCGAUGCGGCGUUAGAAGACAGCACUGGUCAAGAAGUUUUGGCAGAUGAAAAUGAUUUUAGCGAUGCAGCGGAAGAUGAAAUGGUGGGGGAGGAAGAAGAAGCAGGAACAGAUAGUUUUGAUGAGCGUGAAUUCGAUGAGGAGGAGGGCGAGUAUGAUUCACCACCUUCGUGCAGACUGCCGACUUUCUACCAGCAACAGGUCAUACCCCCAUCUUUUAAGGAGUCAGAGAAUGAUGAAAGUGAUGAUGAUGACGUUAUAUUGGUUGUGGAUGAUAACGAAACGGAUCCUUCGCGUUCCUCAGUAAAUCCGUCCGUUGUUGAGUCACAAGAAGGCGACAGAGGGCACCAAGCGGUCGCAGGCGGUAUAGAAGGAAGCGAACAGCAAAAUGUUCUGAGAAACGACAGCGGCUACUUGUCGAGCAUCGUCGUGCCUGUGCUAGCCACCGACAUUGGCAGUGAUGACAUUACUGAACAAGUGCUUGAUGUUGAUGAUCAGGCAGAUGGUAAUGAAGUAACGGAUGGAGAACAAGAUGUUAGCAGUGGGCCGUGCGCACACCCGGACGAUGAAACAACAGCUGUGGGAUCUAGCCCCUCUGAAGGUGCCAGCGAACGCCGACGCACGCUGAUAUGUCAUUCGGAUACCGAUGAACCCAGUUCAAGCAGGUGCACAGACUAG